CACAAAGGUGUCAAUAAAGUAGAGAGAAAGAGAGGGGGGAAAAAAAAAAAUUCAGAAAUCACGUGACCUAGAGAUAUUACGUAACCAAAAAGAUCAAGAAGCAAGAGCCACCCUAGUCACGUGACCUCGAGGGAGGGGCACUCGGCAAAAUGGCGUCUCUGCUGCAGCUGGAGAGAGUCUUGUACUUGGUUCACGGCGAGAAGGAAAUCCGGGCCCCUCUAUCUCAGCUGUACUUCUGCCGCUACUGCAGCGAACUCCGCUCCCUAGAAUGCGUCUCUCACGAGGUGGAUUCUCACUAUUGUCCCAGCUGUCUAGAGAAUAUGCCAUCGGCUGAGGCCAAGCUGAAGAAGAACAGGUGCGCUAACUGCUUUGACUGCCCCUGCUGUAUGCACACUCUUUCUACCCGGGCGACAAGCAUCCCAGCUCCACUUCCUGAUGACCCAGCCAAAACCACCAUGAAGAAAGCCUAUUACCUCGCUUGUGGCUUCUGCCGCUGGACCUCCAGAGAUGUUGGAAUGGCUGACAAGUCAGUUGCCAGCGGUGGUUGGCAGGAGCCUGAGAAUCCGCACACCCAGAGGAUUAACAAACUGUUGGAGUAUUACCAGCAACUGGCCCAGAAAGAGAAGAUUGAGCGUGACCGCAAAAAGCUGGUGCGGCGUAGGAACUACAUGCCUUUAGCGUUUUCUCAACACACUAUUCAUGUAGCGGAUAAAUAUGGUCGGGGUACAAGACUACAGCGUCAAAGACCUGGAGUACCUAUUACACCUCUAGCGGGAUUGACACUGAAAGAAGGAGAAGAUCAAAAGGAGAUAAAGAUUGAACCUGCGCAGGCAUUAGAGGAAGUGGAACCUUUACCCGAGGACUAUUAUACCCGACCUAUAAAUCUAACAGAAGUGACCACUCUGGACCAGCGCCUGUUGCAGGCAGAUUUUCAGCCUAUUUGUGCCUCCCAGCUUCACCCUCACCACAAGCAUCUCCUAAUAAAACGCUCUCUUCGCUGCCGGAAAUGUGAACAUAAUCUGAGCAAGCCAGAGUUCAACCCAACCUCUAUAAAGUUCAAGAUACAGCUGGUCGCUCUGAGCUAUGUCCCAGAAGUCAGGAUUAUGUCUAUUCCCAAUCUACGCCAUAUGAAGGAGAGCCAGGUACUGCUGACACUGACCAACCCUGUGGAGAACAUUACUCACGUGACGCUCAUGCCCUGCGAAGAAGCAGACCCUCAAGACAUUAACAGCACUGCCAAGGUUCUUGUACCAACGAAGGAGCUGGUUCUUGCCGGGAAAGAUGCAACUGCGGAAUAUGAUGAACUGGCAGAACCGCAGGAUUUCCAGGAUGAUCCGGACGUUGUCGCCUUUAGGAAAGCCAAUAAAGUCGGAGUGUUUAUUAAGGUAACUCCGCUCCAGGAGAAGGGGAAGGUGAUCGUGAGCUUCAAGCUCAAACACGACUUCAGAAACCAGCCCACCCCUAUCCGACCAACAGAGGACAACGAAUCCAGCUCCGAGGCUGUGUGGCUGACCCACCAUGUGGAGCUCGACCUGGGGCCCGUGGUGUCUGCCGCCCCAUAGAAGCCACUUGUAUCGGUUCCUGAUCAGGAACGGGUUACUAGGCUUUGUGGUUAUUUCUACCCGGAGACCAAGUGCACAGAAAUAGCUGCUUAAUGCACUUGUUCUGGGAGGUUUGUGGACAGAUUGUGCCGACGAGGCAGUAACUUGUGGGACUGCACUUAUUGUGUUAACUCCGUGAUCCCCUUAAUGCUGGAAGGAAAGACAAACUAGGUAUGAGACACGUGUAAAUAUAGAAGACUACUCACAUAUACAUAAUACAUGCAUUGGAAACCAACUCAUUGUUGAUAAUGUCAUUUAAACUUUUAUUCGGCACAGUAGUCAUUGUUUUAGAUGACGUUUACUAUAUAUUAAAUUACAUUACAUCUACAUUGUUAGGGCAUUGUUUCUCUGUGACCAGCUUUUAAAAUGUUCUCCCACUUGGGAAAUACUGCUCUUAAAGGGGUUAUCCAGGAAAAAAACUAUAUAUAUUCAUAUAUUCAACUGGCUCCAGAAAGUUAAACAGAUUUGUAAAUUACUUCUAUUAAAAAAUCUUAAUCCUUUCAGUACUUAAGAGCUGCUGAAGUUGUGGUGUUCUUUUCUGUCUAAGUGCUCUCUGCUGACACCUCUGCUUAUCUCAGGAACUGUCCAGAGUAGAAGCAAAUCCCCAUAGCAAACCUCUUCUACUCUGUGCAGUUCCCGAGACAAGCAGAGAUGUCAGCAGAGAGCACUGUUGCCAGACAGAAAAUUACUCAACUUCAGCAGCUGAUAAUUAUUAGAAGAAUUAAGAUUUUUUUUUAACAGCAAUAAUUUACAAAUCUUUUUAACUUUCAUGAGCCAGUUGAUAGAUCAAGUUUUUUCCUGGAAUACCCCUUUAAGUUUCAGAUUGGACAGGGUCUGACAUCUCCCGUAUGGCACCCUGGCUCUCCUCCUGAAUUGAGGCGUGUUGACCACUACAUGAAGCCCCCCUUCCCAUCCCCCAUGCAUCUCUACGGGAGAGCUGGAGAUAGCAGAGUACUGCGGUCGGGCUCUUCCAUAGUAAUGCAUAGAGGGGGGGGGGGGGGGAAGUGUCGGCCACCGCUUCAUGUUGUGGUCAACACAGCUCUUUUCAUUCAGAGAGCCGUAGCACCAUAUGGGAGAUUAAAGUGGUGGUCCCAAUUUUCAGACCCCCGUUACCUGACACUUAUCCCCUAUCCUUAGGAUAGGAGAUACAUUUCCCUAUCCUGGAAUACUCCUUUAAAAGGAGAAUGCAUCAAUUCUGUGGUAUUGUGGUUGCAUUUCUAUCUGUAGCCUGCAAGUGUCGCUGUUGCUUUGUCAUCUAGGCGGCAGUAUAAUAACAGGAAAUAGUAACAUUUCACUCUUACUUGGUAUACGUAUAUCUUUAAAAAAACAAAAAUGGUGGAUGGGCGUUGUUCACACGGUUAGAGAUGGGACAAUACACUAUUAACAUCACAGAUGAACUAUCACUGUCCCCCAAAGGGAUUGGCUGCCAUGAUGUCUGAGCUCAAAGACUUCCAUGUAAGCGGAUGAGUGUGGUUUUCCCCUUAGACUGCUUGAUGGUUUACAUUUGUAGUUUACAACCUAUCAGUUUGUUAUAUUUAUAUUAUAUAUUUUUCUCCUUGUAUUUCUUUAAAGGGAGUUAUCCAGGAAUAACAAAACAAGAGCUUAUUUCUUCCAAAAAUAGCUCCGCACCUGUCCUCAGGUUGUGUUUGGUAUUACAACUUGGAUCCCUUCACUUCAAUGAAACUGAGCUGCAAUACCACACACAACCUGAGGGCAGGUGCGGGGCUGUUUUUGGAAGAAAUCCGCUUUGUUUUUCUAAUCCUGAAUAACCUCUUUAUACCCCUAAUGGCAAAAAAAAGUUAAGUUAUAAUAUAUCAUAAAUUCACCUCAUACUCGUAUUACAUUUCCUUCCAGAACAUGCAGUCAAUAUACUUCUUCUACUUUUGCCUUAAACUUGUCAUUUACUGCUUUAUUCAAUGUCAUGCUUGGCAGGGUCAUGUAUUGUUCUUUUUGGAAAACACUAAAUACAUAUGUUAUGUGAGCUCUUGUAUAUGGGGGGGGGGGGUCGCAAUAUCCUAGACACAGAUUUGACACUUUUUUUUUUUCUUUUUUCCUUCUGUUUAUACUGUUUUAUGUUGCUGCCAUAUUGUGUAUUUAAGGCUCUUAUGUACAAUCUGGUGAUGGCUACAGUGGAGCAGGAGAAGAAUUGCCCACAUGUACACUAGUACUCUCCAUUAGAUUACAUGGGAGAUAUGGAUUCUACUGACCAAGCUGUUUGACCCACACUUAUCACUCGCGUACAGCAGUGCCCAUUGAUAAGCAUGAAUCUCUGUAGUGGUGAGAAAAAGAACUUUUAGUCUGGUAUUGUGCAUGCAGUUUUUUUUAGAGAGUCAGGGAGUGAAGUGCUUAAAGGAGAUCUGCAGCCAUAGACAACUUAUCCCCUAUCCACAGUGUCUGAUCGGGGGAGUUCCGACUGCUGGGACCCCGCACUGCCACGGUUCUGCGCGGCUAAUGCUCAUGUCCUCGACCUCACUAAGAGGUCAUGAUGUCAUGCUGCAGCCAACACGCCUCCUGCACGGGAAGAGCUGCGGCAAAGCUGGGGCUCCGUACAGGAGAUCGCAGGGGUCCAAUCAGUCGGACCCCCCCCCCCCCGCGAUCAGACACUUAUCCCCUAUCCUGCAGAUAAGGGAAACAUUGUAUUAGGCUGCAGUACGCCUUUAAAGGGGUACUCCACUCCCCAGUGUUCAGAAUAUUUUCAGGAUUCGGGCUUCAGGAGUCGCCACACCCCUUGUGAUGUCACUCUCCACCUCCUCAAUGAAAGUCUAUGGGAGGGGGUGUGUCGACCACCGAAGCCCACACCCAGCUUAGUGAUCUCCCUUCAGCUCCUUUGGCUUAGACUGAGAUUGCUGAAAGCCGGGGAGUGAAGCAUUUUAAACGACAUGGUGCCACAUGCUGUCCACAGUUCUGCGCGAAGAGGAGCAGCUCACGUAGUCAACCAUACAACCAUGUAAGUUAACCAUACAACACCCAGCAAAUUUGUUGCACAAGCCUUAUUCUUAUGUAUAGGACUUGCACAGAACUUGCCGGGCCUCGUGCAGUUGCCACAGAAACCCGACUGCCUGUGUGAGCUGCGUCUCUCCAUGCCCAACUGUGGUGAGCAGGUCAGUCACUAGAGUGAUGCUUUAAUCACAUGUUUCUCCCUGCUCAUUCAAAUCAUCAGUGGGGGGUCUCGGCACGGAGACCCUGAAUGGUCAAAGAUUUUGUCAGGUCUCUAUAAUGUGCCCUUUUUUUUUUUUAAAUAAAUGACAGGGACCCUUUUUAAUAGAGAAUCCCCCAGCUUUCCUGGUUUAUUCGAGCUACUUAAAAAAUUGCUCUUCAUUCUUGAUCUGAUCUCAGUCUCAUUCCAGCACCUUCCAGUUUAGUUGCUCAGACAUAUCUAUGUUGUCUUUGCAGGAUCACAGAGUAGAUCCCACCUCUUUCUUUCGCCAAGUUAUUUGCCCCCAGAUGGUGGGUAAUGGCUUCCAAUACAUGGAUGCCUUGUUACGUUUACACUGUCACAGCACCUAGAGCAUGAGCGACAGGCAUAGCCUAUAUUUAUUAUAACUAUAGUAUUAACAUACAAUGUCUGCUUAUUGUACACUAUGUAUCAUCACAAGCCUUACUGCUUAGUGUUUCCUUCCUUCCUUUCUCCUUGGGAUAAAGAAUCUAAAGCAUUGACUUCUGUAUGGUCCAAGAAUGAAAGAUAAAGAUGAGUCUACAAGGACGAUUACAAGAAAUGACUUUGUUCCUGCAAAAUGUAAACAAAUUGUUCGGUCCAUCUGGAAAUGUAAGAACCUGUGCAGGGUGCCCCCUGUAUGAUGUAGACAUGUCGGUAGAGUAUAUUGAUGUUUUACUAGUGUAAUGUACAGACUUAAACAAGUUCAGUCACAUCCAGGCUGGACACACGGGGGGCUCAGCACUUGCACAUUCACUAUAUGCAGGAUGAUAAGCAACUGGUGACUAUAUUGGGUGACAUUUAAGCUGUUAGAUGGAUGGUUCACCUUAUUGCUUAUAUGUAAUGUUGUGACCGUACAGUAAAGUUAAUAAAGGUAAUAAAACCUGGAAAAGUG